CGCACGCGCGGGCUCGGCCGGCAGGUUGCGUAACUUGCUCCUUCCUCCCGCGUUCCGCGCGCUUAUUGUAAGUCAGCGUGCUCCCUCCCAAAUCUAUAUGGCUAUAUGCGAUCAAUCUAAACUCUAAAGCACAGACCGAAGGAGGAAAGAAGAAGAACAAGAGAGGCUAGAGAAGCUCCAAUUUUAUUCUUGAAUCUCAGGUCGCACACCAUUAAUGGAGAUCUCUCAAUACCAAUUGGAGAUGAAAGAUCGCAGACCGGAUGCUCUUGGAGACUUGCGGGUCCUCCCCGACGAAGUCAUCUGUUCUAUCUUGGAGAAUCUCACUCCUCGAGACGUCGCUCGCCUUGCAUGUGUUAGCAGUGUGAUGUACAUACUAUGCAAUGAAGAGCCACUGUGGAUGAAUCUAUGCCUUAACAGUGUCAAGGGUCAGCUUGAGUACAAAGGCUCCUGGAAAAAGACAACACUACACAAACAAAAUAUACCCGAUGAAGUUGCUGGAUCUGCCAGGAAACCAAUUCAUUUUGAUGGAUUCAACUCUUUAUUCCUGUACAAAAGAUUGUAUAGGUGCUGUACCACAUUGAAUGCAUUCUCUUUUGACAAAGGAAAUGUGGAAAGAAAGAAAAACCUCUCUCUAGAGGAUUUUCAUCAUUUAUAUGAUGGGCAAAAACCGGUUUUGCUUACUGAACUAGCUGAAACUUGGCCAGCAAGAAGUAUGUGGUCGGCAGAACAUUUAUUACUAAACUAUGGAGAGAUAGCAUUCAAGAUUUCUCAAAGAAGUUCUAGGAAAAUCACUAUGAAGUUCAAGGAUUAUGUCUCAUACAUGAACUUUCAGCAUGAUGAGGACCCUCUCUACAUUUUUGAUGACAGGUUUGGGGAAGUUGCACCAGGUUUGUUGGAGGAUUAUGAUGUGCCUCAUCUAUUCCGGGAAGACUUUUUUGAUAUCUUAGAUAGAGAUCAACGACCACCUUUUAGGUGGCUAAUUAUUGGGCCAGAGAGGUCUGGUGCAUCUUGGCAUGUUGAUCCAGCUCUUACCAGUGCCUGGAAUACUCUUUUGUGUGGACGGAAAAGGUGGGCAUUAUACCCUCCUGGCAGAGUACCUGUGGGUGUUACAGUACAUGUGAAUGAAGAAGAUGGUGAUGUAAAUGUUGAGACUCCAUCAUCUCUGCAGUGGUGGCUAGAUAUUUACCCAAUGUUGACAGAUGAAAACAAGCCAAUAGAGUGUACACAACUACCUGGUGAGACAAUAUUCGUUCCAAGUGGAUGGUGGCAUUGUGUACUAAAUCUGGAGACCACUAUUGCUGUUACUCAGAACUUUGUGAAUUCAAAGAACUUUGAAUUUGUAUGUCUGGAUAUGGCUCCAGGCCAUCAUCACAAGGGAGUUACUCGGGCUGGGUUGCUUGCUAUCGACAAUAGCAGUUUUGAAAAUGCUGAAAAGAAUGGAUUCCAUGAUAAAAAUCAGUCUAGUUACUCAGACAUUAUCAGAAAAAAGAAGAGGCUCAGACUUUUUGAACAGGGGGAAAAUAAAUUUUGUGGCAAUGAGCAAGGCACUACAAAAGAUACUUCAAAAGGUUAUAGUAAUUUGCAAGAUCAAGAUUUCUCUUAUAGUAUUGACUUCUUAUCCAUGUUUUUAGAAGAAAAGAGAGACCACUACAACUCCCCUUGGAGCUCUGGGAAUUGCAUAGGACAAAGAGAGAUGAGAGAAUGGUUGUACAAGCUUUGGGUUGGAAAACCAACUCUGAGGGAAUUAAUAUGGAAGGGCGCAUGUAUAGCACUAAAUGCAGAGAAAUGGUUAGCAUGCAUGGCGGAAGUAUGUGCCUUCCAUAAUUUACCUUCUCCCUCAGAUGAUGAGAGGCUUCCUGUGGGCACGGGUAGUAAUCCUGUUUAUCUCAUUGCUGACCAUGUUAUUAAGAUCUACGUUGAAGGAGGGUUGGAAUCUUCUCUUCAUGGCUUGGGCACCGAGCUUGAGUUCUACAGUCUACUUAAUAAAGUCAGAUGUCCUCUGAAAGAUCAUAUUCCUGAUGUUUUUGCGAGUGGGAUUGUCUUCUAUGAAAACGGAUCUUAUAAAGCUGUGCCAUGGGAUGGAAAAGGAGUUCCAGAUGUGAUUUCCAAGUACAACGUGACUUCGGGAAAUAUAUCAGCAGAUGGCUUCUCUUUUGGUGUAUGGAGCAAGAAAAUAUUUGAGUGUAGAAAAGUUGGCUCACCAAUAAAUGAAUCAACUAGUUCUGUUGAACAUACAAGGAUAUGGCCAUAUAUAAUAACUAAACGAUGCAAAGGACAGAUAUUUGCUCAUUUAAGAGAUAUACUAUCAUGGGAUGAUGAUCUAAAUUUAGCUUCAUUUUUGGGAAAUCAACUGCGUAACCUUCACCUCUUACCAGUACCUGCUUUGGAUGAGUCCAUAUGCUCAGAUAGUCAAAGGAAGAUAGAUUUGCCUUUGGUGACUUUUACAGAAGUUACUGAGAGGUUCAGAGUACCAGCAGAAUGGGUAAUUUUUGUUGAAACAAUGACCAAGAAGAAGAAGGAUGUCACUAGCCGCUUGGCUAGAUGGGGUGAUCCAAUUCCAAGCAAUCUGAUAGAGAAAGUAGAAGAGUACAUCCCAGAUGAUUUAUCAGUGUUGCUUAACAUAUUCAAGGAUGAAGAUGGACAAUACAAGGCUUGCAGAACUUCUACCUGGAUACACUCUGAUAUCAUGGAUGACAAUAUUCACAUGGAACCAUGUUUGCUUGGUUCUGAAAAUGGUUGCAGUGACAUAAGGGAGCAGCAGAAAUGGAGUCCUAACCACAUUCUUGACUUCAGUGACCUGUCCAUAGGCGACCCCAUAUAUGAUUUGAUACCAAUACAUCUGGAUGUAUUUAAGGGAGAUUCACGUUUAUUUUGGCGCUUCCUAGAAAGCUAUAGGCUUCCUUUUAUGAGGAAAACAUCAGAGUGUAGACCACUAGAAAGUGGAAAUAAGUUUGAACGACUCUCAUACCAUGCCAUGUGCUACUGUAUCUUGCAUGAGGAAAACGUCCUAGGAGCCAUCUUUAGUUUGUGGAAGGAACUGAGAGGAGCCAAUUCAUGGGAAGAAGUUGAAAAGACUGUGUGGGGUGAAUUGAACAACUAUGAGGGCUUCUGCUAAUUAGUCAAACUCCUCUUUUAGUGACUGGAACAUUUGAUCCGUCAAGGGGAAUCUCUGCUGGACGGUUGGCAUCUUAUUGCCGAAAUUGUUGUAGAAGCUGAUUACCGGCUGUUGCCGCUAAUUAUUUUGAUGCGGUUUUACUAACAGAUAACUUGCAUACUUUGUGCCAUAGAAUUUUCCUUGAUAUUUUUUUGCUUCAAUAUCUUAUUUAUCCUGCUA